CAAGACCAAGUCUUAAUAGCAACUUCCCUUCCUUAGCAGCCUAAACUUUUUUUUUUUUUUCCUUGUGGCUGGAAAGAAGUGUCACAUUUUGCUCAUUCCCAAGCCUCCCCCACCCCCUUCCCAGACAACGUGCGUGGUGAGCAGGGGGUGCUGUGAGCUACCUCCAGCCUCCUCUGGUGACUGCUGUAACUUUCAACUCCUCUCGUUGUAACGCUAUGAAGUUCCUCGGGAAGCCCAGGAGCCAGCCAGCUGCUUUUCUACCUCUUUGCUGGCUUUUUUUGAGGAUUCUGCAACCAGGGCACAGUCACCUUUACAACAACCGCUAUGCUGGUGAUAAGGUGAUAAGACUUAUUCCCAAAACAGAAGAGGAAACAUAUGCACUGAAGAAAAUACAUCACCAAUUCAAGGUGGACCUGUGGCAGCCCAGCAGUGUCUCCUAUGUAACAGAAGGAACAGUUACUGAUGUCCAUAUUUCUCAAAAUGCUUCCCGAGCCCUGUUAGCCUUCUUACAAGAAGCCAACAUCCAGUACAAGAUUCUCAUAGAAGAUCUUCAGAAAGUGCUGGAAAAUGGAAACAGUUUGCCAACCCAGAGAAACAGAAGAUCCCUGUCUGAAUAUAAUUAUGAAGUGUACCACUCCUUAGAAGAAAUUCAGAGUUGGAUGCAUCAUCUGAAUAAAACUCAUUCAGGCCUUAUUCAUAUGUUUUCUAUUGGAAGAUCAUAUGAAGGAAGAUCGCUGUUUAUUUUAAAGCUGGGCAGAAAAUCACGAGCUUACAAAAGAGCUGUCUGGAUGGACUGUGGUAUUCAUGCGAGAGAAUGGAUCGGUCCUGCCUUUUGUCAGUGGUUUGUGAGAGAAGCCCUUCUAACAUAUAGGAGUGAUGCAGCCAUGAGAAAAAUGUUAAAACAUCUGUAUUUCUAUAUCAUGCCUGUCUUUAAUGUUGACGGAUACCAUUUUAGCUGGACACAUGAUCGAUUUUGGAGAAAAACAAGGUCAAGAAACUCAAGGUUCCACUGCCGUGGAGUAGAUGCCAAUCGUAACUGGAAAGUGAAGUGGUGUGAUGAAGGGGCCUCUAUGCACCCUUGUGAUGAUACCUACUGUGGCCCUUUCCCAGAAUCUGAACCAGAAGUGAAGGCUGUAGCUAACUUCCUCCGAAAACACAGAAAGCACAUUCGGGCUUACCUCUCCUUUCAUGCAUAUGCUCAGAUGUUAUUGUAUCCCUAUUCUUACAAAUACGCAACAAUCCCCAAUUUUAGCUGUGUGGAAUCUGCAGCUUAUAAAGCAGUGAAAGCACUUGGAUCAGUAUAUGGGGUACGAUACAGAUAUGGGCCUGCCUCCAGAACAUUGUAUGUAAGUUCUGGUAACUCAAUGGAUUGGGCUUACAAAAAUGGAAUACCCUAUGCAUUUGCCUUUGAACUACGUGACACUGGGCAUUUUGGAUUUUUACUCCCAGAGAUGCUCAUCAGACCUACCUGUACAGAGACCAUGCUGGCUGUGAAGAAUAUCACAAUGCACCUGCUAAAAAAGUGUCCUUGA